CAUUAAGUUAAGUCCUGUCAGGAGAGAUGGUUGAGCACCUGUGAUUUUUGACAGGUACAGAAACUGAAAACUGGGAGAUUUGAAAUUAAAUACAGGAAUAAGUUACUCGACAGACACUGCUCACCUUGAUUUGAUGAAAGGACGCUGGUUUGUAAUUAACGUGUUUCAGAAAAGAGAAAAAAACAGGUGGCUUGAAAAGGAAAUUGCAAUGUAGUAAAAACAUGCGGAUGAAUUAAUAGGAUUGCAUGUCUAUUCAAUAACCUUGUUAUACCUAGAGGUAACUUCAGAUUUUUGUGUAUAGGGAACAUUAUUGUGUGUUUAGGGAACAUAAGCCAAGCAUAUUUAAAGAUAAGUUGAAAGAAAUCGAGAGGAAAUUAAUGGUUACCUGUUGUCUGAUUAUGAUCAUGGAAAUAUUUGAUGUUUUAAUUGAUAACAAAAAGAUUUAUAAAUAAUGCUUAAAAGCUUAUGUUGGGAGAGUGAUUUGUAGUGGUGUGUUAAAAUUUUCAGUUGGAGAAUGAAAGAAAUGAUAACCUGUAUUAUUUAGAUAUCUCCAUGCUUACCUUGAUUGAAAUGUAAAAAUAAUGUUCAUUGUGGAGAAAUUAGAAGUAUAGAUAUUUACACAGAAUCAAAGUAAAAAUGUUGAAGUUUGGAGAAAUUUGGACUAAAUUUAAAGUGAAAUUUUUGGAUGAUUAAUGGGGAAUGAAAUAAUCUUGGAUAGAUAAUUUAAGGGGGAAAGUUGAUUUAUAUACUAUAGAAGCCUGUCAAGAAAGGAGAAAAUGUUAAAGUUUCGUAGAAGUGUUGGUAAAGUGGACAAUUCAGGGAGUGAGGGCAACAACAAUGAUGUUGUUAACAACAAUAACUGUAGCCCGGCUCCCAGUUUGGAUAAUAGGAAACUAGCAAUGGAUAAUAAAAAUUCCAGAUUUGGAUUUAACAUGAAUAAAGCAGUAAAUGAGUUUUCCAUGUCUCAAAAGAUCUAUACAGAUUGGGCGAACCACUAUUUGGAAAAAGCCCGAAGUAAACGUUACAUCUCAGAUCUACAACAAGAUGUCACUGAUGGUGUUCUGCUUGCUGAUGUCAUUGAGGCUGUCACUAAUGAGAAACUUCAGGAUAUAAAGACCAAGCCAAAAAACAGUGCACAAAUGGUAAGUCAUGACUUCUAUUUUUACAAGGGGAAUAACUCUUAUUAG